AACAUCCCAAGUUAGUUAGACAAUAUACCGAUAUGCAAGCAAAUACAAACCCGUUUAAAUACCCUCCUCUACAGCAAAAUAUGCUCGGAUCGCCACCCUUUUCUAUCCCAACACCUAGUUUUAUGAAGAAUAUGCUAGUUAGGUAUUCCGGUGAUUUCAACGCAUAUUGGAAAAUCUUGAAAAAAUAUUUUGCUGGGCAAAUAAGCAAGGUUGAAUUUCAGGCUAAAAUCUCGAAAAUUUUGACGUCGAAAGAAAAAGUGGCAUUGCAUAAUUGGUUCAUCCUCAGUAUUCUAAAGGCGGCAUAUUCGGGCUAUAUAGCUCAGCAAAAAACAAAAAAUCCAGCUUUGAAAAAGCACACAGAAAAUUUCAAGGUCAUACAAAAAAAUCAAGCUUUCCGAACUCGAAUGCUUCGAAUAGCCUCACAGUAUAACAUUCAAAAUAUAUCGGAAGAGGCUAUUUCGAUGCUUGUGAUUGGACUGCAUCAGCACAUAUUAAGAUCAUUAUCUGCAUCGCAGCCGGAUGUUGUAGAGGUGCCUCCAUUUGAAGACACACCUCCAGGAUAUAGCGUUUUAGAAACGACGGCUCCAGAUGAAAUCACGGGAAAAAGUCUGGAAUACGCUAUUUGGAGAAAGCCGGGAAUCUUAUAUGACAGUCAGAAUAUCAUAGAACAUCGCUUGUCAAUAGAGCGGUCUGCAUAGCCAUGAGCCGUUUUGUGUGACCCAGAAAAUUAUCACACGAAAACUUGAUAUGUCCCCUGCACCGAAGAACAUACAAAAAAAUAAGUAGGAUUUUAAAAUAGCGUAAAAAAGCUAUACUGAAGCAGUAAUCUUAUACUCAUGAAGAGGUAGAAUAAUUUUCAAAAAGUUGAAAAAAAUUUUGCGUUCUGCACUCGUCACUUCAAUGAAAAAUCAAGUAUACAAACAUUUACUUUAAAUUCGGAAUCCUAGAAAGUCAAGUAAUAAAGUUGUACAUACAUACAUCCUGUGAGAAAAGCAGAGAAGAAUUCUUUUCGAUAAAGACAUGUUAGGGCGUUUGAAGUCUUCCCGACUUGAUUUUUUAAAAGCCUCUGAGGGCAGGAUUCCAAAACACUUGGCCACUCGUAUUGCCAAAUGUGACGACUUAACCGCACUCUCAAAUAUUGUAAAAAAUGUUGUUCAGCUCAGGGGCACUACACACAAGGGCAGAAUAAACACUAUUGUUGACUAUUAUGCAAACCAGAAGAAUAAUGUCAUCACCAACCUACUCCAACGCGUUUCCCAAAUAAAACCCAUUCUGACUCCGGAAUAUUACUCUCGCAGAAUCAUCACCGUGCGUUUUAUGUCCUAUGAUAAGAGAUGUCAUGUAGCAGGUUUACGACUAUCUAUGGCCGCUAAGUUGAUGAACAUUCCGUGUAGUGGGCCUAUCGGUUUACCUAGACACAUCAAACGUUGGACUGUUCUGAAAUCCCCAUUCAAAUACAAAAGGCACCAAGAAACGUUCGAACAGCGAUUUAUGCGAUCAAUCGUAACACUGGACGUCAGAGACAAAGGCGAUUUGAUGGAAAAAUUGAUAAAAUUUAUAAAGUGUACGGCUUACAAAGGUGUAGAUAUCAGCAUCACAACAAGACGUUUCAUUGAAACAGAUCAGCUCUAUACGAAUCCAUAUGUCAAAGAGAAAAUAGGGUGGAUCUCAGAAAAAGAUAUGGAAAACCAGAUAGAUUACGCAAGUUGCGAGCUGAAUUCGAAUGUUCUAAGCAGGGCUUCCCAGAAAGUUCCAAUCAACAACGAGGAUAUUGUAAAAGAAAACAUAAUCCGAAUAUAAACAAAAAGUGAUGUUACAUA